AAAGUUUGCUGUACAAACGGCGGUUUCGUAAAUCUAAUGCGAAGGAAAACUCAAGAAUUGUAAAUUAAAUAACUCUAAUUUUAACUUCAUGUGUGUUUUAAUACUACUCAGUGCUAAUUUCCCAAAGGUUACUGUAAUAUAUUAUGUUUUAAUGUAAAAAAAUACGGUUGUACACAAGUAACCCCCACAAUGACUUCAAUUGUAAAGUUACACUGCCUUUCUGGAGCUGGUGAUGAGUCUCCACCAUGCUACGUUUUACAGAUAGAUGAAUUUAAGUUCUUGUUAGAUUGUGGCUGGGAUGAGAAGUUUGAUAUUGACAUUAUCAAGGAACUGAAAAGACACGUAAACAGUAUAGAUGCAGUAUUAUUAUCACAUUCUGACCCUCUCCAUCUCGGCGCGUUACCGUACGCUGUUGGGCAAUUGGGACUCAACUGUCCUAUAUAUGCCACGCUGCCUGUAUACAAAAUGGGUCAGAUGUUUAUGUAUGACUUGUAUCAAUCUCACAAAAAUGUGGAAGAGUUCGACUUGUUCACCCUUGAUGAUGUGGACACUGCUUUUGAUAGAAUCACACAGUUAAAAUACAACCAGAGUGUGGAUAUGAAAGGAAAAGGUUUGGGUCUUCGGAUAACUCCUAUACCUGCUGGUCAUCUUCUUGGAGGCACAAUUUGGAGGAUAGCAGCGCCAGGAGAAGAAGAUAUUGUCUAUGCACCAGACUUUAACCAUAAGAAGGAGAGGCAUCUUAAUGGCUGUGAGAUAGAGAAAAUCAUGAGACCAUCUCUGCUACUGCUUGGAGCUAUGAACGCAGAUUAUGUGCAACCAAGAAGAAGAUUGCGAGAUGAAAAACUCAUGACCACAAUAUUGACCACUCUUCGGGGAGGUGGCUCAGUGCUGGUAUGUACAGAUACGGCUGGACGUGUGCUGGAGCUAGCUCACAUGUUGGACCAGCUGUGGAGGAACAAGGACUCUGGACUCAUAGCAUAUUCACUCCUACUGCUUUCCAAUGUCAGCUAUAAUGUGGUUGAAUUUGCAAAGUCACAGAUAGAAUGGAUGAGUGACAAAUUGACCCGAGCUUUUGAAGGUGCUCGGAGUAACCCAUUUGCCCUGAGGCAUCUUCAACUCUGCCACUCAGUUGCCGAGGUGACCAGAACCCCAGGCCCCAAGGUUGUGCUGGCAUCAUUCCCAGACUUGGAGACAGGAUACGCUAGAGAUCUCUUCAUCCAGUGGGCUCCAAACCCACAAAACUCUAUUGUAAUUACGUCAAAGACCUCACCUGGUACAUUGGCUCGGGAUUUGUAUGACAAAGGCGGUGACCGGAACAUUGAGAUGAUGAUCCGGAAACGCAUACGACUUGAAGGUGCAGAGUUGGAGGAGUUCUUACAACAGCAGCGGAACAAAAUCAAAGAUUCUAUAAAGGAGAUGGAGACGGGAAUAUCGUCGGACUCGGAGUCAGACGGCGAGCUGGAGAUGUUAGUGGUGACGGGACGACACGACAUCCCGGCUCGGGGCGGCGCCGCGCCCGCCGGCUGCUUCAAGUCCAACAAGCGACAUUACGCCAUGUACCCCUGUCAUGAGGAGAGGCCGCGGUAUGAUGACUACGGAGAGCAUAUUAAGCCAGAAGACUACCGGUUGGCAGAAAUAGUCGAUGCGGACGGAGAAAUCAGAGACGUCCUUCCCGCGCCCCCGCCAAAACAGGAGAUUGAAGAGGUGCCAAUGGAGAUCCCCACGAAGUGUAUAUCGAGCGUGCGCCCCAUCGCGGUGCGGGCGGCAAUCGUCGCGGUGGAGCUGGAGGGGCGGUGCGACGGCGAGUCCCUCCUACGUGUGGUCUCGCACGCCAAGCCCCGCGCGUUAGUGGCGCUGCGAGCGCUGCCCGGUGCUAGAGCUGCGCUUAGUAAACAUUGUGAAAGCGAAGGAAUAGAGAAGGUGUUUAUGCCGAAUCGUGGAGAGAUCGUCGACGCCACUACGGAGUCUCAUAUUUACCAAGUGAAGCUAACAGACGGUGUGAUGAGCAGCCUGGUGUGGAAGUCGGCGGGCGGCGCUGAGCUCGCCUGGCUGUCCGCCGUCGUCGCCGCGCCGCGCUCCAGGGACAAUGCUGAAGAGUCCGGCGUCGACGACGAGAUGAUGUCGCUUGAGCCGUGCUCUGCGGGCGCGCCGCACGCCGCGUCGUUCAUCAACACGGUGCGUCUCUCCGAGUUGCGCGCGUCGCUCGCUCGCGUCGGCCUGGCCGCGGAGUUCGUGGGCGGGGCUUUAGAGUGCUGUAACGGUACUAUUGCGAUACGACGGUUGGAUAACGGCAAAGUGGCGUUGGAAGGCAUUCUAUCGGAGGAGUAUUAUAAAGUACGAGAGCUUCUCUACGACCAGUUCGCUAUUGUUUAGUUAUAUUCUCGUAACUCGUGACUGACUAGUGACUACUGUAAUAUAAAUAAAAUAAAUAAUGUUAUUCUUAAAA